AUGUUCUCUUCGAUCACCCAAGCCCCCAUGCUCGCCCUCGGGACCGCUCUUAGCGUGCUCCUUGUGCCCGCCAUGGCCCUCGAUCUCGCGCUCUGCUACGAUCGGGACUACCGUGGAGGCUGCGCCUGUCUGCAGAACAAGUGGCCCAUGCCGGUCAACUCUUGCUUCAGCAACCGUGGCGGCAGUAACUGGAGCGGUUUCACCAAUGAUGCUGUAACCAGCUUCCGCAUCAGCGGUGGCUGCUGCCGCUUCUACAAAGACGCCGACUGCCAAGGUGGUCCGAUGUUCACCGAGUGUAACAUUGACGUCCCCAGCAUCCACGACCGAUAUGGUCAGUUCAACGACCAGCUGAGCAGCGUUUUCUGCUACUAG